AUGGUGCCAACCCGGAGGAAGCUAAUUGGCGACCCUGGCGCCAGCGAACGUGCGUAUCGCACGCGAGUGGUAGCAGACCGGCAGAAAGCAUUGAAUAUGAUGAAGGUGCCACAUGACCGCCUGGAGCGCAACGCAGACGUCAGCAACCGUGAUCCCUUGCCAAAAGCACAACAGACCCGACAGACCGUCAACCUGCAGCUCUGCUGCGAGUUCAAUAGCUGGCAAAUCUGUGGUGCCUGCAAUUCAGCCCAGAGAUCUCACACCUGCGGGCAUGCGCAAGAUUCUGUCGCCAUGGGCGAGCAAGUCAACCUGCAUCUUUUGCCGCAGGGGCUGACUCGUAGCAUCCUGGAAGCGAUUUGUCCUGUGCAAGCCAACUUUGGCCCACUGCUAGAAUCGAAGGAUCAGUUCGGACGAGGCAAUGGCUAUCGUUUCCACUCGAGCAUGGUAACCUUUUCAUGGCAUUGCAGAAGCAUCGAAGAUCGCGUUGCAGGCCUUUUUCCCGCAGAAAGAAUUGUGGCAGAGGCUGCCCUCGAGCCCGACGACAAAGCUGCAAAGCGAUGGCUGCGAUACAUCGAGAAGGAAGGCCUCGAGUGCGUGCUGUGGCCGCAUCUGUUCACGCAGAGAAAACAAUGUUUGACUUGGGCCAGGUUGCAAAGCACAACCCGUCAGGCAAAAGCUGCGCAUCGAAGCACACUGGCAGAAAGGCUCGACGCACCACUGCUGGAGGAAGAUGAAGAGGCAGAACCGCCAGCAGACGUGGUGGGUGUCAAACGCCACUACAUGGCGCUGCUUUUCUCUCCGAUUCUUGAUGUGGGUUUGAGCUACGAGAUCCUGCACUUCAGUUACGAUCUGAAUCUCUGGAGCGACCUAGGUUCGAAGCGGAACCUCCAACUGGGCCUUCCUAUGCGUCUCAUGCUCAAGAACCACAGCUUCAGCUCGGAAUAUUGGAAGGCGAAAGCCUUGGGCUGCCGUGUCCUUCGACUGCGGAAGUUGUGUGGCACGGGGCAUCCCUCGUUGUCAUGGGAUGCAGAGGAGAGGCGCUGUAGCAACGCGGCAUUUUGCACCCGACGUGUGGAAUCCUUGGAUUACACUGGCAAUGAAGGAAAAUCCUAUUGCUGCACCAAGUGCAAGUCUGCCUACUACUGCUCCAAGCUGUGCCAAUCAAGUCACUUUGUGGCGCAUCAGUUUGAAUGCAAAUCCUUGAGGCAGUUGCGGCUGGCCGCACAGAACCUGCGGAGUAUGGAGCCGCGGCAGUUGCGGGUGACGUUGGCCGAAGUGUUGGAGGAGUUGCUGGCGAAGCAGGUCUCAUCCCAAAGCCAUUUGGAAGCCACCACGCUCUGUCACUCGGUGCACGAGUCAUUGACGGGGCAGAACCAUGGUGCUCCUGAGAGCCUAGAGAUAGGUUCCAAAGAAGUGGCAUUACCUGCCUUGCCCACCCAUGUCCUACACCGAGGUGCCAGGGAUCGAGGUGACUGGGGAAACGGGGGAGCGAUGUCAGAGUCGCGCCUCGGGAGCGCCUCUGAUUUCGAUGUUCGCACCGGGACGGAAGGGAAGAAAGAGGUCCAGAUUGCGGGCAAUUGUGUGGUGCUGCUGCCACAGGAGCAGUUCCAAUGGAAGGUGCAAAAGAGAAAAGAAAGCGACGAACCCGAGAUGCAGGUCUCUGAGGAAGAACUCUUGAAGCGUCGCAGUCGCCGCAUGUUCUCGGCGCAGCACAGCAACGUCCAUACGGCGGUGGGCAUCGUUCGCUUGAUGAGUCGAUGGGCCAACACAAGCCAUAGUCUGCAAGCGAUCAAGGAGGUCACUGAGGAUGGGCUCUUCUUCUAUCUGAUCACCGGUUUGUGCCUCACCGAGCACUUUGCCAAGCGCCAGAUGUCGCCCGAGACGAUGAUGGCGAUCUUGAGCCAUCGCAUGGCACUUCACGUGGCGGCCAGUCAGGACUGGAGUCUGGUUCCGAUGAUGCGACCCCCACUGGAGCUGCAGGAGAUGGGUGUCAGCGCGUGCGGAGGCCUAAUCCGAAUCGGCGAUCUAAGGUUGGACGUAGCGCAAUACAGCGCGUAUUAUGCCUUCCUGAAGCACAGACGCUUGCCCUUCGGGGACUUAAGACCCUUGAUGCCCAUCAUCGCCAUGGUCUGGGGCAACCGUGCACGUGAUGCGUUGCUAGCCUUGCCGUACCUUUUGGAGCCGAAUGAUGGCGCACAUCCCAACAGGUCGACUGGAAGAAAUGGCUGGAGGCGCGGCUCGCGACUGGGUUCCUUCGCGGAUGUGGCGCGAGAACAUUUCGGGGAGAUCCAGUUGGUGGAUAGCGUUCAGCUGGAUGUCUACACUGGACGCGCAUGGUUCCUGUUGUCUGACUCCGUGAACGUGUCUGCUCCCACACGCUUGGCUGGUGUAGAGACCUGGAUCCUGCUGCUGGAUGCGUCGAGAGGCUUACAGGCUGUCUCGUGUCCUGUGCCUGCGUCAGAACUUCGACGUUGCGCGCUGUGAGGGGUCGUUGGAUGCGUUUUUUUUCAGGAACAAAAUUAGGAAUGCUG